UUUGUUAAUUUUUCAAUUUUUUAAUUUUAGCGAAAGUCAUCUAUUUAUACAACUUGGAAACUAUUUAACAGGAAUUUUUUAUCAGGAGAGAAUUUUAUUUAUUUUUUACAAAUUUUUUAUUUUCGCACGACGAUUGAUCUUGUCACUUAUUUCUAAUCCAGUUGGGAGACUAUUGGCUAAUUUAAAUGGGUUUAUUUAUACAAUAUCCGAUUGGUCUUCAUGUAUUUCAAUUAAAUUUAAGAUACCAAGUAAUGAUUCCUGCAUACAUCAGCAGCUUUGAUCAUUAUGAACUGAAAGCAAACUGUAUAUAUAAUAGAAUGUUAAAUCAAUUUUCUGCUUCAAAUUGGUUAUUUAGCGUUAGUUCUGGUCGUCAAUCUAUUACUCUCUUCAAAAAUCUCCCAGAUGACGAAAGGGAUUUUCAACGUAAUUAUCAUGUUUCAUGCAUUUUCAAACAAGGAUAUGAGGAAUUCACGUCACUUAUUUAUUACCUCACAAGUAAAUAA